UUUACUCCAGGCGCAGUCAGGAGCCUCAUUGCGACAGUGGAGGGUUGUAAAAAGACCAGAUAAGCCUCUCUGGGAAUGGGACCACAAAUCAGAUGCAAGAAAAACUUUGCCUUCUUUCGGCUCUUCCAACUCCGAAGACAUCUUUUCAUCCAAAGGGAAUAAAGUUUUCCUCUGAGCAGAAGAAGGAACAGGUGUAAGAAAACCACAAAUGGGAUAAAGUCGUUUUUUUUCUUUUGCCAAAUGGGAUAAGUUUUACCAGCAUUUUUUUUAAGUUAAAAGUUUAGAGCCAUUGACUUUAGAGAGCAUUUAUGACACUGAGGUGUGGAGAUCCUGCAGUCUUUGCUCUAUCCCUGAAUAAAGCAACGGAAGUCUUUUGUUAGAAAGGCUGUGAUUUCUAAAGGUGCGUCUCAGGGGCCCUGUGGUGUAUGGCGCUAAAAGGUGUCGGAGCAGGCACAGAGCUUUAUUGGUUUCCAUCUGAGUUACAAUGGCAAAGUGGUUCAAGGAGUUCCCCAUCAAUCUGAAGAAUGGUACCGACAGGAUCCGCUCAGCCUCCGAGUCAGGCUCACAACCCAGAGCCAAUAAAGCCGGGCUGGUGGCCAGCAUUGGUACCAAAACACCAGGCUCCAAAACGAGCCAUCGCAAAAACUCGUCUAGUGACAACACAGGCGGAGGAGGUGGAGGAGUUGGGUCCCUCCUGUCCGGGAGAAACCGAAAGAACUCAGCCGUGGAGUUGAGCAGAAACGGUGUCAGCUCUGCGAAGGAUGGCAAAGUUUGGGACACGCUCCUGUCUGGGAAAAGUCGCAAGAACUCCAAAGCGGAGCCGGUGUUUGAGGAGCAGCACAGACCUCUGAAAAGCUCCCCGUCUGCCAACGCUUACAUCAACCGGCUGAUCAGAGUGGACAAACAGGACAAAAGCCCCAACUUCAACAGCGGCACCAUCACCAACCAAGUGGUACCUGAAGCAGAGAAACCAGCCCAGUGCAAGACAGAGACGGUGAUCAUCCUUGAGGAUUACGCAGAUCCCUUUGAUGCUCAAAAGACCAGAGAGCAAAGGGAGGCAGAAAGGAUCGGGGAGAACGAUGGCUACAUGGAGCCCUACGAUGCUCAGCAGAUGAUCACUGAGAUCAGGCGUCGUGGGUCCAAGGACCUGCUGAAGGUGUGUGUGCUGAUGGAGGGCAGUGAGGGAACGGUGGAGGAAGGUCAGCCUGCGCCCUUGCAGAUAUAUGACAUUCCAUACGAAGGAAGUGGUGACGGGGACAAGACGGCGGUCACACGGCCUGAGCUGGACCCCCGACCCUCCACUGAGUACGAGCUGCCCUGGGAGUGGAAGAAGGAGCACAUUGUCAGAACUCUGUCAGCACAGUUUGACAGCCCCGAACGCCAAACCAAAGAUGAGACGCCUCACCCCACACUCACAAGGCAGCCGCAACAUCCCCCAGCUCAGCCACAGCAGCAGCAGCAGCAGCAGCAGCAGCAGCAGCAGCAUCUGAGGCAGAAAAGCUGGACCCAGAAGAUCCUGCGAUCCUCUCCUCCGACAUCGUCGCCACCCUCCACACCCGGCAGCAACCCUGAAACUGAGGCCUGCUGUGUUGACCCCUCCCUGCCCCUGGAUAAACAGAGCUGGUACCAUGGCUGUGUGACGCGUCAGGAGGCGGAGUUUCAGCUGCAGUCCUGCAAAGAGGCCAGCUUCCUGGUCAGGAACAGCGAGUCGGACAACAGCAAGUUCUCCAUCGCCCUCAAGACGAGCCAAGGCUGCGUUCAUAUCAUCGUUGCUCAGACCAAAGAAAACGGCUACACCCUGGACCAGAGCAGCUGUGUGUUCCCCAGCAUCCCAGAGGUGGUGCACCACUACUGCACUCAGCGUCUGCCUUUCAACGGCGCUGAGCACAUGACUCUGCUGCACCCAGUGCCUCGCGUCCACUGACUCCACCCUGCCCCGGCUUAGGUAUACAAAACAAACACACCCCUGGGCCUGCAUGGACAAAAUGUUUCCAAAAAUCAAUCGAGACCUCACCUCUCUGAUCAAUGUGUACUUCUACUGCUCUGUCUCGCUGUGUAACUUGACUGUGUGACCCUGCUUUAUGUGUUAUUUUUAUUUGAUGAUCAGAAAACAAUUGCAGCUCACUGUCUCUCUGGAUGCUGUCUUAAUUUUACUUUGAUGUGCAGCUGAUGCAAAACAUCUAAGCUGCUGUUUUGCAUGUGAACGAGGGGGAAGCACAGACGACGAGGCACUUUUAAUGAUGAAAUGUGACGAGACCAAGACUCAUACACAGAUGUGAUGUUUUAAUUAUCCAAUGUGGCUCUAUUAGAAGCUACACACAAUAUUUUUGUUGUUGUAACUAAGUGAAAUUUACUAUAAAGCAUUUUGACAGAGUGCAACUCAGUAGUUUGCCGCUCUCUUUCUCCCUCUGGUGGAUGUGCUGGUACACUGCACCAACAUGCCAACACAAAGAAUUCUCUUCUUUUAUCAAAACUGAUCUUUGGUAAAAUCCAUGCACAGAGCAUAUCAUUACACUCAUCAAGAUGUGAACAAAGACCAGCUGUUUAAUGUUUGUGCUCACAGCGUAUUUCUAAUUUAUGCUCUUAUACUUGUCAGUUGUCUGUAACCACUGCCCCUUGAGGUUUUCCUCUGUUUUACUGUGAAUGAGGGAGUUGUUUCCACUGUAUUAUCUGCACUGUGAAGAGUGAGUGAUUCACCCUGAUGCAAUGUGCUUGAAGGACCAUGACUUCACAGCAGUUAGUGCUUUUCAUGGCGAGACCUGAGACUACAUUUCAUCUUUAUUUUUUAGCUAAACAAGCCUGUUAAUUCUGGAAAGUAUCCGCAAGAUAAACCUGCUAAAUAUGGUGAUUUGUGUAAAGGUAACAUGGUAAAAUUAAUGGGUUUUGUCAAACUUCUACAAAUUGGGGUCAUUUCUAGAUACAAGUGCAAGAACUUAAUGGCAAACAUUGCAAUAAAAUACACGAGACAGAACUUUAAAUAUCAGCAUUAAAAUCUAUCUUUCUCUCUUUUUAAUAAUGUUCAUUCAGACCUCUCUUGCUUAAAAGGAAUGCUGUUCUCCCUCAGGGUUUAACAGAGGUGUGGACCCUAGUCACAUGACUUGGACUAGAGUCAGACUUGAGUCACAAAUUUAUUAACAGAAUCAAAAAAAGACUUGCAACUUGACUUGGACUUUAACAUCAAUGACUAGUGAAUUUAAAUAGACUUGAGCAUUUCUUGAUAUGUUCCCCCUCAGUGCAAAGAUGAAAAAGUAUGUUUUUUAAAAAGUGUACCACAAAUCAAAUCAUUUCCUGAAUGAACUAUCAUUAAUGCUAUUCAUUUCCAGCAAGUCGACACUUUAUUCCCCAGAUCCAUUUGUUUGACCCAAUCAGCAUCCAGUCAAGUUGCAGGAGAGAAUUUUGUUUGUGUACACAAAUUACACAAUGGUCAACAAAAAACAAAUUUAACAAAUAAAUACAAAU